CUAAUUAGAUCAUGUUGAAGAGAAUGGAAGAGAAAAAUAGAAAAGAAUUAAACAUAAUGUGAUGGAUAAACGAUAGAAAUGUGUAAAUAAAGUAUUCAGUGUAUGGCUUUUAUAUUUUAGCAACAGGUUCUGUAAUUUUGUUGGUUGUCCCUAUCUGUGUUUCUAGUUUGUUGGAACUGUUAGGGAUGCAGAGGAAUAUACCAAUAAUUAUCAUGUUAAGUCUAACGGUGACCUUGGACUUUAAAUAUACACUCCCUAUUGGUCGAUAUUUGUUUCACUUCUUAAAUAUUGUGUAAAUGUUGUUUUCUAUUUUAUGGUACGAUGUGGUUUGUUUGUUUGGUAUAUAAAUAGAGUAUAUCUGAUAUAUAAUGAUUCAUAUCUCAAAGGCUGUGACUUGUGUUCUGGACUCAACUAGCUGGGCUAGACAGGAAAACAGGGCCAAUCGGGACUCUAAGUCGUUCAUUACGUGUUUACGUGUCACUGAAUCGGUCGAUAAAUACGCUGCGCAUCUAACCUGCAGUCCACACGUUACAACAGGAACAAUAACUAAAUUGUCAUAACUUUACUUCUGAUUAAAUCAAUAUGAAAAGUAUAGCUAAGAACAUCAUAAUAAAUUAAUCGUAAAUUUUACUAGUUCAUUUAUAAUUGGUGGAUAAAACAAGAAUUUUUUAAUUCAGACUAUGGGUUGUUGUUAGUAAUAUACAUUAAAACCUACUCCAAUAGUUUGUAACCAAUGUACAAAGAUUUUAGUAGAGUUUCAUUCUUCGAUCUUGGUGGUUUAUUCUUGAAACUUUCAUUGUUCUUCAUGAUAAUAUUAUCACAAACUUCAGAUAGAAAUAAGCUAUUCAAAUAUCUUCACAUACAAUCGAUAGCUCGUUCCGUUUACCUAGGUCUCUAUUGGUCGUUAUUGUUGAUCAUUAUCCUGUCUAAAUAUCUAAUUUGAUUGUCAUCUUUUUGGGGUUAGUUUUUGUCUUAACAUUUGCACAUGGUUUUUCGAAUCGAUUGAUAAACUGAAUGAAGCGGUGGUUGAUACGAGUGCUAGGCUUCCAAAAAUUCACUGCUCCUUUUUAUACUGUCAAAUAUUUCAACUCAUUCGCAACCAAAUAUCUAUCCACAAUUAUCGACGUCAAUUAAUAUAAACAAACAUAAAUUGUAAAGUUUGAUAGCUAGCUGAUGUUCAAGGAGAUGAAUCUGAACAAGGAGGCCAAUUUUUCAGAUAGUAUAUCUUUAGAAAUUGAAAGUUUCAUGAUUAGGCCAUCUAACUCAGAGAAUAAGACCCCACUGAAAGAGUCCAUCUGAGUUAUAAAUUUUCUCUCUCUCAUAUUCAUUAUCAUGUUUACCAUAGUUUACAAAAUGCUAUUUCUAAAGUUUAUAUAGUAGAUCUAUUGUCCCAACAUCAGGAAGCAACAAUCAAGCGAAUUCAUUAAUAAAUAAAUUCUAAAAUUAAUUGUCUAGAAAUAACCUCUAGCAAGGAUUAAUAUCACUUGAAGGAACUAUAAAAGCUGAAGAGAAUCAGACAGAUAUUUUACUUUAGAUUGAUAUCAUGAAUGGAUCAAUGUUUGACGACCAUUGAAAAUCUGGAUCCACCGUGCGGCCGUCUUGUCCUACUAUUAGACUCUUCAACAGUGCACAUCCAUGAUCCCACACAUGGGACUCAAACCCACAUGACCUUCAAUGUCGUCCACAAACUCUUAACCUCUAGGCCACUGAGCUAGCAGACAUACAAUGGCGUUAAUGUCUAACUUCAACCAUUCCACAAUAUUACUCCACCGUCUAUUAUUGCCUUCAAUGAGUAACUGCCUCACAACAGACAUUUUUUAAAUUAUUGGACUAAUCAACGAUACAUAAUAACAAUAUUGGAUGUAAUCAAACCAACUACAUAAUUUAAAAUGUUAUAUAGUACAAUAAACAUUUGUUAUCAUUAUCAGUGAUAUAUAUCUCAUUCUUGAAUUCAUUGACUUCUUUGAACUAAUUUCAAAUAAGUAUACACAAUCAUUACUUUUAAACAAAUAAUUCACUUAGAUUUGUUUAGUGUUAAAAGCAAUUUUUCUUUCAUACAGAUUAAAUCAGUAACCAUGAUUUUACCGGAACAAUGAGAUGAAUUUAGGCAUUUCGUUGAUUCACUUCAUUUGAUUAAAAUGUAAGAAUAUUGGUAUAUAUAUAUACUGAAUAUCAGAAAUGUAUGGUUAAAGUAAAUACGAAAUGAUUAUAAUAAAGGAAAUGGGAUAUUCUACAAUCUCAAAAAGAAAGCUUGUCUUCUUAAAACUUGCUUUCAAAGGUAAUAAAUUAGCUGGAAGGACUGAUUUUAAACUAAAGGAGAUACUGUUUAAAAAAACAUCCCAAGACCAAGUUGGUGUUCUUAUACCAAACCAAAUAUGAACAAAUAUCAGUCUUAUAUUAACUAUAAUUAUAUUCACCAGUUUAUGUGUACAUGUCAAAGCACAUACAUUGAAAGAACAGAAAGGAGAGCUUGUGUUUGCAUCUCCUAACAUAUUUCACAAAAGUUGAAACUAUACCGAUAGACUUUUAACAGUGCAAUUGCUCAUCAUUUUGCUCAAUAGCGGGUAUAUUGUUGAAGUUAAGAGAUCUUUCCAAACAAUUAAUAAACAAAAGAAUCCUAAACUGUUACACUUUAUAGAAAUUAUUACAAUAAGUUGAUUUAAACUAAGUUCAUGUAUCCCAAAAAAUCUCAUUUUACCCUGAUGAUCUUAUUUCUGUGAGAUUAUUACCUAGAACUAUGUUUUUUAUUUUUUCAUAAAAUUUAAUCAAUAUUCUAGAAACUUAAUCCUUACUUUUGAGGUUGACUGAACUAGUCUAUAUUACAUAAUCUAUCUUCUGUUUCCAUACUCUUCUAGAAUAUUCCAAUAUUUAACCGAUAUAUAAGUGAACAUUUGAACAAUUCGAAUUCUUCCAUACUACAGUCUCUUAAGAUUAUUCUGUCUCCACAUUUUAACUCAGUUUAUUCUAAAUAGUUCUGAUAUAAAAUAUGUCAAUUUAUAGUCUUUUCAAUGAAUAAUCCUUUGGUUCUACGUUGUAAGCAACUAAAGAGAAUUCAUAAAAUAAAUGAAUUCAUGUUAUUUUGCUAUAAUAUUUAUUCUUUAUCAGAAGGGGUCUUGUGUAGAUUUAAGAAAUUUCAAUAGUUGAAAUCAUGAGUCAAUUAAAACUAGACCACCAUGGAAAAUCUGGAAGCACUGGACGGCUGUUUCGUCCUAGUACAGGACUCCUCAGCAGUGCGCAUCCACGAUCCCGCACCCCGCGAGAUUCCUUCUUGGUUAAGUUUGGCUUAAAUUAAUUUGGGAGUAUUCAACAACAACAACAAAAAAGAACUACUCAAAUGAUUCUCUGUUGACAAGUAAACUACAAAUAAAUGCUCUAGAGUAACACAAAAAGAAAAUUAUGAGGAGCAUGUAAACGAAACCUUUUUCUUUUUCACAAAUGGAAAAUUGAUUUCAUGGUUUGAGCAGUUCUUUAUAUUUUUUUUAGAAAAAAAAGGAACUGAGUAGAACCCAAAUAUGAAAUAAGAAAUCAUAAUGAUGGCCGGAGGUAAAGUAUUACAUAAUGAGUUCUUUAAACUGAAAUCAAUAAAAACAAAGUAAGUUAUUCCUUUUUAGAUAUAGAAAUUAAAUUUUAAAUCUUUCUGUGGUAAUACCUUCAAGAAAGUGAAAUAAAUUGAAAACUUUUAAUUUAUUGAUUAUUCUAAAUGAUUUCAAUAAGUUAAUAUUCAUAUCUAUUUAGAUGGUGGAGAAGAUUUGUAGCUCAGGUGGAUGAUUUUGAUAGAGUUUUAUUCUUUGAGCUGGAUGGUUUGGUUGUGGAGCUUUCAUCGUUCUUCUGAACGACAUUAUCAGUACAAACUUCAGAAAGAUGAUGUUGUUCAGAAGAACGAUGAAAGCUCCACGACAAAACCAUGAAGCUCAGAGAACAAAACUCCAUCAAAAUAUGAGCAACUGAAGAUACCCUAUAAAAUCAAUAAAUAUACAUUAUUCUACUUUAUUUAUAUGGAAACAACUACAAGUUAACUGCAAUAUAAGUGUAAUGUAAAUCAAUAAAAGAAUAAUGUUGUGAUAUUAAUUUGAAAAUAGAAAUAUUCUAUCCUAUCAGGUGUAUAUGUCAACAUAGUUUAUAGAUUUGAAUUUAUUAAGUAAACAAUUAACCAUAGAAUUGUAGUUAAUAUUGGUUAUCUGAUUGAUUUCAAUCCAAUAAACAUAAAUAAGAAGGGGUUUUGUGGAGAUUGUAGUAAUUUAAACAGUUGAGAUCAUUAGCUGAUUGAAGCUAGACCACCAUGGAAAACCUGGAAGCACUGGAAAGCCGUUUUUUCAUAGUAUGGGACUCCUCAGCUGUGCGCACUCACGACCUCGCCGCUUACGAGAUUCGAACCCAGGACUUAUCAGUCUCAAAUAAUACUACAAGAUGAAGAUUUUUGAAGGUAUUUUGUUUUCUGAAUUAAAUAGUUUAUUCAAAAAGUUUUUAUUGUUUUGUAGGCAACAUUAUCAGCAUUUAAUAUAAGUAUAUUGCUCGAAUUGAUAGAGAUUUGAAUCCCAUCUAGAUGAUUUUGAUGAAGUUUUGGUCUCUGAGCUAGAUGAUUUAUCCAUGGAGCUUUGAUCGAUCCAAUCUAUCAACUAAUCAGAAAACUCAUGGACAAAUAUGUGACCGAGAAUCAAAUUAAUGGAAAAUACAAUCAAAAUAAAGAAGUAGAUAAUGACAGGUUAAAAAAUAAUAAUAACCAAUCAAAAUCAAGGUCUACGGGACAAAUUGUAAGCCAUAUGUGUAGGAAUUCGAACACUUCACUUCUACCUGAAGUUUGUGCUAAUGAUAUUAUUCAGAAGAACAAUGAAUGUUCUACAACCAAACCAUCCAGCUCACAAAUCAAAACCCCACCAAGUUUGUUCGAAAUGUAUUGCGCAAAUAUAUUACAUAAUUCUGAUAACCUUCAUCUUCUCAUCACAAUAUCCAAAUUUAUCAAAGGGACUGAUUGUUUUAAAUAAUGUUUUUAAAAUGUAUCAUUUCUUGUUACCUUUUUAAGUUUCUUGGAAUUUAUCAUAAUUUUUCAGUAAUAUUAAAAAGAUUAUAUAUAUUUCUGUAUAAUUGAAUUAUUGAGUCAGAUUCAAUUCCCUAAAAUUGUUCACAAUGAUUAGAACAUUCUAUUAAAAUACUUCGUCUAGACGAGCGAAUUUUACUGUUCACAUUUCAGUUUUACGUGUUACUAAUCUAUGGAUAAUUUGACAACUUAAAGCAUAAAUUCUCUAAUUGAUUCCCUUAGCUCCCUACCCUACUUUAUAAACUGAAAUAGGAUAAAAAAACAAAUAAUUUAAAAAUAUGUGAACUUCCUAAAAUAUAACUGAAAAUUAUUCAAUAAGAUACGUUGUAACUACUUUGUGACAGUAUAAAUCUAUAUAUAUUACCGGUAUACAUGUAAAGUGUACUUGUCUCAAG